AUGGCGAGUUGCAGGAGCAGCAUGGAGAAAGCAGCGGUUUUGUGCUGCUUCUUGCUGGCAGUGGGGAGCCUGACCGCCUGCGCCCGGCCGGAGGAGGAGGAAGAGCAAGAAGAGCAGCGCUCCUGUCACGGUGCCUUUGAUCUCUACUUCGUCCUGGAUAAGUCUGGAAGUGUCAGAAAUCAUUGGACUGAGAUUUACUCUUUUGUGGAGAGCCUAGCUGAGAAGUUCAUAAGUCCAAUGUUGCGGAUGUCUUUCAUCGUGUUUUCUUCACGGGGCACUACAGUCAUGAAACUAACAGAAAACAGGGAAGCCAUAAGACGAGGGCUCAACAUUCUUCAGUACGAAGUGCCUGGAGGAGACACAUUCAUGCAUGAAGGAUUUAAAAGGGCAAAUGAGCAGAUUUACCAUGAAACCUAUGGAGGAGUUCGAACCGCUAGUGUGAUUAUUGCUCUGACGGAUGGAGAAUUGCAAGACGUUCAGUUUUAUUAUGCAGAACAAGAAGCCAACAGAGCCAGAAGCUUUGGAGCUAUUGUUUAUUGUGUUGGAGUGAAAGAUUUCAAUGAAACUCAGCUGUCAACAAUUGCUGACAGCAUCGAUCAUGUUUUUCCAGUUACGGGAGGCUUUUAUGCCCUGAGAGGAACCAUUGACUCAAUUCUCAAGAAAUCUUGCAUCGAGAUCCUAGCGGCUGAACCAUCGAGUGUUUGUGCAGGAGAAUCCUUUCAAGUUGUGGUAAGAGGCAACGGCUUUUAUCAUGCAAGAAAUAUCGACCAGGUGCUCUGCAGCUUCAAGCUGAAUGACAGCCUUACUAUCAAUGAAAAGCCAACCUUUGUUCACGACACUUACUUACUUUGUCCUGCCCCAGUGAUAGAAGAUGCUGGACAGGUGGUUUUCCUACAAGUCAGCAUGAACAAUGGGCUAACAUUCAUCUCCAGCUCUGUCAGCAUCACCAGCACACAGUGUCUGACAGGGACCAUCCUUUUCAUUGCUCUCCUGAUUCUCUUUCUGCUGCUGGCUCUGGCUUUCCUUUGGUGGUUCUGGCCCCUUUGCUGCACAGUGGUGAUCAAGGAGCCACCGCCACCACCACCUCCAGAGCCUGAAUCAGAUGAUGAAGAUGGAUUGCCAAAGAAAAAGUGGCCAACUGUGGAUGCAUCUUAUUAUGGAGGUCGAGGUGUUGGUGGGAUUAAGAGGAUGGAGGUGCGAUGGGGAGACAAGGGGUCAACAGAGGAAGGAGCAAAAUUGGAGAAGCCAAAAAAUGCUAUUAUUAAGUUGCCAGAACAGGAGUAUGAGCCAUGGGAACCCAAGCCAAAAAAGCCUCAUGUGAGGAAACCACCUUCCCAGCGGAAAUGGUACACUCCAAUCAAGGGCAAACUUGAUGCACUGUGGGCUUUGGUUCGACGAGGCUAUGAUCAAGUCUCUCUUAUGAGACCACAGCCAGGAGAUAAGGGAAGAUGCAUAAACUUCACCCGGGUGAAAUCAGAUGGAACCUCUGCCCCUUACAGCCCACCGCUGAAGAAUCCUUCUUCUCCUGUGUCUCUUCAGCCCCCUUCCAGGCAGCCGCCUCCUGGUCCACCGCCAUCCCGAGCCCCUCCUGGACCUCCUCCUUCGCGCCCACCCCCACAACCCAUGGCUUAG